GCCCCAACAUUUCCCUAAACAUGAAAUACGGUCUUAACCCCUUCUUAAACAUCAAACAUUCCAGCCCGUCAUUUGUUCCCUCACCACUAUUGACACUUUUGUUAGAUAGUUAACGUACCCACAUAGAGUUUCCUUCUUUUUUUGAGGGACCCUAUUAUGCACAACCAUCAUCAUGGGCUACCAUUUAUGGGAUAUAAGUUGGGCAAUAUAGAUGUCACAUAGGUCCUUUCACAAAUCUAUGAUUCCAUCAAAAAGAUUUUAAACCACAUCAUAAUGGCUUCGAUCAGGGUAAGUGCGAAGAGAUCACACUUCAUCACCCAUUGGGAGUCGUAGUAAUCCAGACUGUUGUCUACAUCCUCAAAAUGUUCGUCUAGAUCUCUAAAUUCUUUGUAAAUAUGUAGUUUUGGGGUCUUCUCCAAAGACCUCAGGAUUCUGUUGUCGAGGAUGCUGACGGACAUCAGGUUCCUCUUUCACUUCGGAGCCAGAGCAUUCACGUCAUACUUUCCCUUUCUUUGGAAUGACGUGCCAAUUAAUGACGAGGGUGACUAACCUCGGGAGGAGCGUGACUGCCCCUUCGUCCUUGGUAUUGGUCGCAAACUAGUGAUUUCAAUACUUCUCUUGUGGCAUAGUUGUGCCAACGGGAAUCAACUAUGGUGUGACUACCUAAUUGUCUAUAGAGGUUGCCUCCCACACACUAUUGUCUCUUAGUGAAGUGUAUAAAAUGUUCUCUUCAAGCUCUAGUAUCGUUUCAUCCAAGAAUUAUGAGUUUUGCUGGUUUACCAAGUUAUAAAUGUUGUUCAACAGGUCAGUGGCUCCAUGUACUCCAAGAUUCACUUCCAACAGUUGAAGGUUUAUGAGUAUUUAUUGUCCAGGCAUAAAAGGUAGAGGAGGAGGUCGGUGUGAUGGUUCGCCCUAGUGAAGUUUUUGUGUCAAUCUGAAGAGCAGAAGAGCCUAGAAUACUCCUUAUCUGAUUCUUAGACGAGAAAAAUAUUGCUGCGUAGGUUAGAAGAAGAUGCCACAAGAAAUGGACCCUCUUCUAUCAGAGGAGGAAGAGGAAGAGGUGGAGCUCUAACAACUUUAGCGAACAGAGUAACAACUUGUCGUUGAGCGACAAAUCAAGCGACUUUGAAUGUCACCAUGCUUGAUGAAUCUGAUGAUGGAUCUGUUGGAGGAUGAGGUUGAAACUUCAAGGAAAAAGAUCGUUGAAACUUCAAGAAAAGAAAAUUUAGAUCUUUAGUGAAAAUACAAUGGUUUUUCGUGAAAAUUAGCAGGAAUUAGAAGUUAAGAACUAAAAAUAAAAGAGGAGAUAAUAAAGUUGUGUCUUGCUGCGAUCGAUAUGUACUUCUUAUACGGCAGAGAUGUGACUGACGAACAAGAUUAAUAUUCCAACGCCUUGGGAUGACAAUGGACAUAAUAUUAUAAUACCCAUUUCCUAUAUACGUGUUUUGAUUUUUUUUAUCCGCGUCUAUACAUAGACUAACGUAAGCAACAAUAUUUAUACUCGUAUCUUGUUGAUGAUACCUUAAAAAAAAUCUUUGUAUCGGAGUCCAUACCUAAAAUAGAUGAAUAUUUGAGGAUAAAAGUUUAAAUAUUAAACUUUGGAAGAAAUUUAAACAUAGGGAUAAAAGUGAGUUAGUUAUACUUUUUGGAAUAUAUCUCACACGGCACCUUGAAAAAAUUCAUCAUCUAAAUGAUUGCCGUUUAUCUAUCCGUUAAACGGCAUGUCGUUAUGUUUUGAUAUAAAACUAUCCAGCACUUCGGUUUUGCGCGCCAAAUCAAACAGAAAUCAAAACUUUGAGAAAUCAUUUCACUCUCUAAUGGAAGAUCUCCGAAAUUCGACGCUAAAGUUUUUCACCGAUCAAGAGCUUUGUUAUGCUGACAUCGUUCCUCCGACUCAGGUUCGAGCAAGAAUUGAAGUGUCAGUGCUCAGUUUCCUCAAAAUAUUGAAUGCAUCUAACCCUGCAAUCUCUGAUUUGCCUUUGAUUCAAAGAAAAUUGAGCAACAGUCGGAUGAAUCAUGGCCUGUUAACCGAAUUAUCAUAUGUUUUUCUCUCCAAUUCUGUAUCUAUAAGGUCUCUUAUGAGACCUAAUGCUGGAAAAGCCUUUGUUAGGGUGUGGAAGGUAAUGGAAAUGUGCUAUCAGAUAUUGCUUAAGGAAAAGCGUGUCACACAGAGAGAACUCUUCUACAAACUGUUGUGUGAUUCGCCACAUCUGUUUCCUUCUCAAAAGGAUGUCAAUAGGACAAUCCAAGAUCUUGUAGCGUUGCUUCGGUGCAGCAGAUACAGUCUUGGAAUCAUGGCAUCUAGUCGUGGACUCAUUGCUGGCCGUCUGAUUAUGCAGGAACCAGGCAAAGAGGCCGUUGAUUGCUCAGUGUGUGGAUCUUCUGGACAUACAGUUUCUGGUGAUUUGAGUUUGUUAGAUAAAUUGGUUCUAAAUGCAGAUGCACGGUACAUUAUCAUUGUGGAAAAGCAUGCAAUAUUUCAACGGCUUGCUGAAGAUAGGUUUUUUAGUCAGAUUCCAAGCAUUCUUAUCACGGCUAAAGGCUACCCAGAUAUGGCCACAAGAUUUCUUCUUCAUCGAAUCAGUAGAGCAUUUCCAGACUUGCCAAUUUUAGCUUUGGUGGAUUGGAAUCCAGCUGGAUUAGCUAUACUAUGCACCUUCAAAUUUGGAAGUGUAGGAAUGGGCCUAGAGUCAUAUAGAUACGCUUGCAAUGUCAAGUGGUUAGGACUGCGGGGGCAUGAUCUACCCAUGCUUCCUGAUCAAUCUUUCGUUCCAUUGAAGACAAAGGACCUACAAAUUGCUCAAAGCUUAAUGUCCUCCAAAAUCUUACAGGUAAACCAUUCGGAAACACUGAAUGAGAAUUACAAGGAAGAGGUUGCGUUGAUGGUUCAGAGCGGCAGGAGAGCUGAAAUAGAAGCCCUAUACUUUCAUGGAUAUGAUUAUUUGGGGAAGUACAUAGCUAAGAAAAUUGUACAGUCCGAUUAUAUAUGAUUUCUACUCAAUAGUAUAGCUACAAAAUAUAUCA